ACAGCGCGGAGCCGAGAGCGGAACGCAGCCGGCACCAGGCACCCACCGACGGGCGCAGCGGGAGCGAGCGGAGCAGAGCCGGAGGCGCGCUCCGAGCAGAGAGAGCUGAGCCGGCCGGCCGGGCGCCCUCCCCAGUCCCUGCUCCCGCGCCGCGCCCCUCCGGCCAGCAUGAGGCUCCUGUCCGCCGCGCUACUCCUGCUGCUCCUGGCGCUGUGCGCCGCACGCGUGGACGGGUCCAAAUGUAAAUGCUCCCGAAAGGGGCCCAAGAUUCGAUACAGCGACGUGAAGAAGCUGGAAAUGAAGCCAAAGUACCCGCACUGCGAGGAGAAGAUGGUUAUCAUCACCACCAAGAGCGUGUCCAGGUACCGGGGUCAGGAGCACUGCCUGCACCCCAAGCUGCAGAGCACCAAGCGGUUCAUCAAGUGGUACAACGCCUGGAACGAGAAACGCAGGUCUCAGACCCCGGCCAGCUCCUCUAGCAUCGUCGAAGGGGUGAACACCCACCACAGUAGCCACGGCGAGCAGAGAGCCAAGCCUGUUCACAUAACCCCAUGGGAGGGCAGCAAAGAGCAGAUGUACCUGAGCCCAGGGCUCUCCGAGGUCCCCCGGGGGCCGUGUGAGAACAGUGACAGCAGUGAACCAGACAGCCAGUGA